AUGUCCUCUGUGAAUCCCACUGGCACAGACAUUCGUCCCUCCAACCGCCGACAUGCAAUGCAGCCAGACGCCUACCUAAACCCCCCUGUCGAUGAGUACCGCGAGGACGAGCCGCUCCAGCCCCCACCCCCUUCGUUGUACGCCCACGGUAAUCAUUCCGUUCCUUCUUUCCCACAGCAGCAACAGCCUCCUCAGUAUGCGGACUACCCAACACCACCCCCAGUCCCUCACCCCUACGAUCCCACUGCAAGUCUUGAUUCGUUUUCUUCCUUGCACAUCCACGAUGGCCCUGCAAGGAACGGCAGCCUUUCAUCACAUACAUCUGACCCGAUACCCCGUGCACCGUCCACUAUGUCUCUAAGAUCGAUGCAAAGCGUGCAUAGAGGAGGGGCUCCACCACCAGUACCUAGACAUGCAAACACUCUUCCACCACCUCGAGCACCUAUGCAAUACGCGCCUCCCUCCGUCCAUGGCGACUACGGCCCUCAUCCAUCCCAUUAUCCAAAUAAUGGAGUCGAUCCAAAUCGCGGAGGGUACAAUGACUAUGAUUAUCGCACAUAUGAUGAACAACAGCAGAAUGGCGGUUACCUUUCCCCAGAAAGUAUUGGUAGCAUGUCCCCUCAUCAACAUCAACAUCCACACCCACAUCAACAACAGUACCAAGCGCAUGGCUGGCCACCGCAACAACACCAUCCGCCGCCACCUUUGCCAGGAGGAGGACAUAAUCCUCUACACGCUGCAGCUUCUGACGUGCUAGGCAUGGGUCCUCCUCCAGGAGCAGGCGGCCCACCGAUGUCGCGAUCUUUAGGUCCAGGUGGUCCGCCCAUGCCUUCCGAUCGCAGUGUGUAUGCUGCUUCUGUGUCAUCAGGCCAUUCCAGCCACUCAGGGCAGAUGAAUUACGGCCCCGUUGACCCUUACGCCUCACAGAAAGAUUUUGAUCUCCGUCCUGCGUAUCAACGUGCAGGCACGUCCGCGUCGUUAGCUCCUUCUUCUGUCAAGAGCAAAGCGGUCGACCUCAAUGCGCCACCUUAUACGAAAGAGUACAUCGAUCAAUACAGACAACGAAUCAAAGCAGACCCCGAUCCCGAAGCCCACUUUUUGUAUGCAAAAUACCUCAUCGACGCGGCAAAACACAUCAGGACUCAGUUUACCGAUCAACGUUCCGCAAAGAAAUACAGUGAAGUCUUGAUUGGUGAAUCACUGAAGGUCAUUCGUCGGCUUGCUACUCAAGGCGAUGCUUACGACGAAGCCCAAUUUUUCCUUGCCAACUGUUAUGGAACCGGAGCGCUAGGGCUUCAGGUAGACCACGAACGCGCCUAUCACUUAUACCUACAAGCUGCGAAGCAAAAUCACGCUGCGGCUUCGUACCGCGUGGCGGUGUGCAACGAGAUCGGUGCUGGUACAAAGAAGGAACCUUUACGCGCAGCCGCAUUCUACCGCAAAGCUGCUUCUCUCGGGGACACUCCUGGCAUGUACAAGCUUGGCAUGGUCCUUCUACACGGCGCCCUUGGAGAACAGAAAAACCCUCGUGAAGCUAUUAGCUGGCUCAAACGCGCAGCCGAGCAAGCAGACGAAGACAAUCCACACGCACUCCAUGAACUUGCUCUUCUAUACGAAAACCAGGCUGGUGCCCUGGUGCCUUACGACCCAGCCUACGCGAAGAGCCUUCUGACACAAGCAGCUCAGCUGGGGUAUACGCCCUCACAGUACAAGCUAGGGCAAUGCUUCGAAUACGGCUCGUUGACUUGCCCAAUCGAUCCAAAGAGGUCAAUAGCGUGGUAUACGAAGGCUGCAGAGAAGGGGGAUGCUGAAGCGGAGCUGGCACUCAGUGGUUGGUAUCUGACAGGUAGUGAAGGCGUUUUGAAGCAGAGCGACUCAGAGGCCUACCUGUGGGCUCGUCGUGCUGCCAACAAGGGGCUGAGCAAGGCAGAAUACGCCGUAGGUUAUUAUGCCGAAGUCGGUAUUGGUAUCAAACAGGAUAUCGAAUUUGCCAAACGGUGGUACAUGCGAGCUGCUGGUAUGUAA